AUGCUCAGCCCACUGUAUCCAGCGGCGCCGAUCGGGGUCCUCAGCAUAUUUAACCAACUACUAGACUGGAUGGUUAUCAACGAACUCGCAGACUGUCUGGUUGAGUCUGCACAGUCUAUUCUUCCCCCAGACGACGACUUCACUCGACUCGCACUUGCCAUGCGCCGCCUACUUGUCAUCACCGACCUCAAGACUUUCUCCCAUACCAUGGCAAAAGUCUGCGAUGAUUUGGAACAGGGAAUACUGGUUGUUCUCGGCAAACAGAGUCUCGUACGAGUGUACUUGGUCUUCCUGCUCAACGCGCAGAAGGCCAAAAGCAAACACCAGAAAGACAAUAAGGUUCUCAGCAUGGCCUUGGAAAGAUUCGCACACGUACAACAUGCUUAUAAGGACAACGCCAAACUCAUUCUCGAGUUCAACCUCUUCGUUGUCGGCUACCUGUCUAUCGUCACGCCAGGGGCACCGGACGUCGCUAGCAUGGCAAGCGCUUGCUACACUCGCGCGACGGAAUAUCUAACCGACCGAGAGAACUUCGGCUCGGAGGUAGAAAUCAGAAACGCAAAGUUUCAUCUGGGGAAGAGCUGUGCCUAUCUUGCCGACUGUCGUUAUGCCGUUGGCCAGGAAAACAAAGACGAGGAGCAAUGCAGCUCUGCUCGAGGGAUGCUCUUAGUUGCGAUUGGCCAUCAUGCAGAUUGCGCCGAGGCAACGUUUGCUCAUGUUGGGCGACAGAUGGAGAAGCUGGCGAAGUGGUGCAAAGAAGCAAAUGACACGGAACGGCUUGACCAUUUGAACCUCAUUUACGGCAUGAUUGAGGGAAAAGAGCAACGCCCCAAGGGCGAGCCAUUGUUGCCCAGGUUGAGGAGCUGA